GACGGGCGGACACGUGACAUGCAACAGGAAGUAAAUAAACUGCUUUCCCGCGCAGUUAAAUUGGAACGGCAAGUCGUCUGCUUUCAAGGAGAAUAAAACAAAAUGGAUGAGCUUUAUUUGGAUAAUAUUGACGAAUACGUCAAUGACCAUAAUAAAAUAGUAACCUAUAAAUGGCUGAGUCUCACUCUUGGAGUUCAUGUCAACACAGCAAAACAAAUGCUCUACCAUUACCUGGAUCACAAGAGGAAGGAGAGUUCAGCUCAGCUGCAUGCCACCUACCUUGUGUCAGGGAAAUUUGUGGACAACGGUCAAACGAGUCACAAGGUGUCUGUUGUGAGAGAGGAGCAGCUGGAAGAUUUCAAAGCCAAGAUGAGCUUGGUAGUCAGCGUGCACGUCUACAGCGUCCAGAAAGCGUUGCUUAAAGACAGCGGCCCACUUUACGCUGUGGACUACGACGCUGUGAAAGACAAUCUUAAAAACUGCAGCAGAUACAGCGCGAUCCGCUGUGCCAGCGCAGUGCCCAUGUCUUCUGUGGAGCUGCAGCAGCGAGGGAAGUUCAGCAAGCUCCUACACCUGAGCCUGAAAACAAAGGCUGGCAUGAAUGGAGACACCAGCCCAGUUUUAAAAUCAUCCGCCAAGCCUCCAAAAGGCAUCAUGGGAAUGUUUGCUAACAAAUCUGCUCCUAAGAGUCAGGAUAACAGCAAAGAGAUGAAGCCUGAAAAGAAAGAGGAUGCACAUGAUAUCGAAGCACCCAAAAGCAAACCGGUCGCAAAAGUCAAUCCAGUGGCAAACUUCUUUGGGACUCAAACAUCAAAGAAGCCGGAGAAAACCGUGAAGGAGGAGGAAGCACCUCAGUCAUCUUCCAGAGCAGCGCAGCAGCAUGAAAGGUCAAAACCAGAGGAAAAGCAAGAAACCGUUGCGCCAGUGGAGCCACAAAAAGACACAAAGAAAGACUCCAGAAGCAAAACUAAGCGGCUUGAAGAUUCUGACAGUGAAGAGGAGAAGAUGAAGAAGAAAAAGAGGAGGAGGAUCAAGAAACCAGAGCCAGACAGCAGUGAUGAAGAUGUUAUUCCAGACUCUCCACAGCCAGUCGUGACAAGAGAACCGUCAUCACCAAGUCCUAAAAAGGAGGUAGAACCUGAUAGACAUUCUCAUCCGAGCAGCUCUGAAAUGAAAAUAAGGAAGAGAAGACGAGUCAUGAAGUCCCGUAUCUUUGUGGACGAUGAUGGAUGCAUGGUGACAGAAAAAGGCUACGUGAGUGAAUCUUACUCUGAAUCCGAAGAUGAUUUUAAACCCUCCAAACAAGCUUCAAGAGAUCCCAUUAAAGCAAAACCAUCAUCAAGUAGCAAAGAGGAUGAGAAGAAAACUCAAAAGAAAGCAUCAGCAAACUCAAAUAAGGGAACUAAACAAGCUUCCAUAAUGGGAUUUUUCCAGAAGAAGUAACAGAUGGUGAUGGAUGCUUUCAGUAGCACUAAGGACAAACAAGCACUGCUGUAGACUUGCUGUAAUGACACUGUAGCGUAUCUGAAAUCAGCUGGAACAAGUCAGAACACUUGACAAAUGGACUUCAAUACAUGGACAUUAAAAAUUACAUUUUAGUUUCUCCAUUUUAUGAAUACACGUCCAACUCAAUAAACAUUAAAAAAUUAAAUGUGUGUUUUCACUUUCAGAAAUGUAAAACCAUCACAAGCCUGAAAAUCUGAACGCAUUAACCAAACCACCACAUUUUAAUGGACCAAUACAGUCUUUUUUUCUUCCUCUGUUCACGUCAAAGACUUCACCUAUUGCUGCAGUAGCAAAUUGAGUUUUUAUUAUUAUGCCUCCCUUUAAUUAUAUGAUAUCGCCAAACCAGGGAGCUGUUUGUGUUUGGAUUUGUUUUUUUCUUAAUUGUAGUUGAUCAUCUUCUGCUAGCACUACCAAAACCUCAUCAGAAAUGGUCUCAAUCAAAGGGUGGCUGUCAGGAUGCCAUUAUUACAGAAAUCUGAAGAAAAGGCUUUAUGUGUGGCAAAUUACACAAGACCUGGACUAAAAAUCAGUGGCUACAGGUCUUAUGGAGUAAUUCUUCCAAAUUUGAGAUUUUUGUUUCUAGUGAGUGGGGCUCAGGAGAGCAGUACGACAGUGUCUACAGCCAUCUAUAACACAGGGUGGAGGCUCUGUCAUGGUUUGGGCUGCAUUUCAGCCCGUGGUGUGAGGAAUCUUGAUGAGCUGAUGAAAUUAUAAACAUUGAAAAGUAGCGUUCCAGAAUAAAGAUGGUUGUACGAACUACAGACUUGCAA